AGCUCGGUUUCGUGGUGAGGGCGGGCACUGGAGUUUCUGCCGAUCUAACAUACUGGUAAAACUUGUAUCCACCCCGCAAGUGCAAUGAGUCGGAAGGGGACAGGAAGCAGAGUAUGCGCCGAGCUGUGUGGCCUCUCCGCACCACGUCUGGGGGUUGUGCUGCAUAGCGACCUCUGCUGGCGGCCGGGCAGAGCGGGCGGAGUCUCGGUGUGAGCCCGUGACACGCUCCGUGUGACUCCGGGGAACAGCCGGAGCUGCGAGGCCCAGACCGGAUCCGCACGGACACGGUAAGGGCCCCAGCAGAUACAUCAAGCCUCCUGGGUGAAUAGGAGCAGAACAAUAGACUCUGCCACAGCGGCUGACGUGGAAGCCGCUCUCCAGGCAGAGAGCCAUAAUGGCUGAUGUGGAUCCGGAUACAUUGCUGGAAUGGCUGCAGAUGGGACAGGGGGAUGAGAGAGACAUGCAGCUCAUUGCUUUGGAGCAACUAUGCAUGCUGCUGCUCAUGUCUGAUAAUGUGGACCGCUGCUUUGAAACGUGCCCCCCUCGUACUUUCUUGCCUGCUCUUUGCAAGAUCUUUCUGGAUGAGAGUGCCCCUGACAAUGUGCUUGAGGUUACUGCCCGCGCAAUAACGUAUUACCUGGAUGUGUCGGCUGAAUGUACCAGACGAAUUGUUGGAGUGGAAGGAGCUAUAAAAGCACUUUGCAAUCGGCUUGUGGUGGUAGAACUUAAUAACCGUACCAGUCGGGAUUUGGCUGAGCAAUGUGUGAAGGUGCUGGAGCUGAUAUGCACACGUGAAUCGGGAGCGGUGUUUGAAGCAGGAGGCCUGAAUUGUGUCCUAACUUUUAUUCGGGAUAGCGGGCAUUUAGUUCAUAAGGAUACCCUGCAUUCUGCCAUGGCAGUGGUGUCCCGACUGUGUGGGAAAAUGGAGCCACAAGAUACCUCUUUAGAAACCUGUGUAGAGUCUCUCUCCAGCCUUCUGAAACAUGAGGACCAUCAGGUGUCCGAUGGUGCCCUGCGCUGUUUUGCUUCUCUAGCAGAUCGGUUUACACGCCGAGGUGUGGAUCCAGCACCACUAGCACAGCAUGGAUUGACUGAAGAACUGCUGUCUCGUAUGGCUGCAGCAGGGGGUACCGUGUCAGGUCCUUCUUCAGCUUGCAAGACAGGACGUGGCACUAGUGGGGGCCCUUCAACUACAGGAGACUCCAAAAUCAGCAACCAGGUGUCCACAAUAGUCAGCCUCCUGUCCACGCUGUGCCGGGGAUCACCUGUUGUUACACACGAUCUGCUUCGUGCAGAAUUAUUGGACUCCAUGGAGAGUGCUUUACAGGGGGAUGAACGUUGCGUGCUAGACACCAUGCGUCUUGUAGACUUGCUGCUGGUGCUCCUGUUUGAAGGUCGCAAGGCUUUGCCUAAGUCUAGUGCUGGGUCCACUGGCCGCAUCCCAGGGCUGAGGAGACUAGACAGCUCAGGAGAACGUUCCCAUCGUCAGCUGAUAGACUGCAUCCGUAGCAAAGACACAGAUGCACUGAUAGAUGCCAUUGACACAGGAGCAUUUGAAGUGAAUUUUAUGGAUGAUGUUGGCCAGACUCUUCUGAAUUGGGCCUCUGCUUUUGGUACUCAGGAAAUGGUGGAGUUCCUGUGUGAGCGAGGUGCUGAUGUCAACCGGGGUCAACGGUCAUCUUCUCUACAUUAUGCUGCUUGCUUUGGACGACCUCAGGUGGCAAAGACCCUUCUGCGCCAUGGAGCCAACCCAGAUCUACGUGAUGAAGAUGGAAAAACUCCACUGGACAAGGCAAGGGAACGUGGUCACAGUGAGGUGGUCGCCAUCUUACAGUCCCCAGGUGACUGGAUGUGCCCAGUGAAUAAGGGAGACGAAAAGAAGAAAAAAGACUCGAAUCGGGAGGAAGAAGACUGCAAUGAGCCAAAGGGGGACCCAGAAAUGGCUCCCAUUUACUUGAAGAGGCUGCUACCUGUGUUUGCCCAGACUUUUCAGCAGACCAUGCUCCCGUCUAUCAGGAAAGCCAGCCUUGCUCUUAUCCGAAAGAUGAUACAUUUCUGCUCUGAAGCUCUGCUUAAGGAGGUGUGUGACUCGGAUGCUGGGCACAAUCUACCCACAGUCCUUGUGGAGAUAACUGCUACUGUUCUGGACCAGGAGGAUGAUGAUGAUGGUCACCUUCUAGCGUUACAAAUCAUUCGGGACCUUGUAGAUAAAGGGGAUGACCUCUUUCUGGACCAGUUAGCAAGACUUGGUGUUAUAAGUAAAGUGUCAACUCUAGCUGGACCUACCUCUGAUGAUGAGAAUGAGGAAGAGCCGAAACCGGAAAAGGAGGAUGAGCCACAAGAAGAUGCCAAAGAACUGCAGCAGGGCAGACCAUAUCACUGGAGGGACUGGUCUGUUAUCAGAGGACGGGAUUGUUUGUAUAUAUGGAGUGAUGCUGCAGCACUAGAGCUAUCAAAUGGCAGCAAUGGCUGGUUCCGCUUUAUCUUAGAUGGCAAACUAGCAACCAUGUACUCAAGUGGGAGCCCAGAAGGAGGCUCUGACAGCUCAGAAAGCAGAAGUGAGUUUCUGGAGAAGCUGCAGAGAGCUCGCAGCCAGGUCAAACCAUCCACUUCCAGCCAGCCUAUUUUGUCCACUCCUGGGCCAGGUAAGCUGACAGUGGGCAACUGGUCCCUUACUUGCUUGAAAGAAGGAGAAAUUGCCAUCCACAACUCUGAUGGACAGCAGGCAACCAUACUAAAAGAGGAUCUUCCAGGCUUUGUGUUUGAGUCAAACCGGGGGACCAAGCAUUCUUUCACUGCAGAGACUUCACUGGGUUCAGAGUUUGUUACUGGCUGGACAGGGAAGAGAGGUAGAAAGCUCAAGUCCAAAUUGGAGAAAACUAAACAGAAGGUGCGGACUAUGGCAAGGGACUUGUAUGAUGAUCAUUUUAAGGCUGUGGAGAGCAUGCCACGUGGUGUAGUUGUUACACUGAGAAAUAUUGCUACACAGCUGGAGUCUUCAUGGGAGCUUCACACAAAUAGACAGUGUAUUGAAGGAGAGAAUACAUGGAGAGAUCUAAUGAAAACUGCCCUGGAAAACUUGAUUGUGUUGCUGAAGGAUGAAAAUACUAUCUCUCCUUAUGAAAUGUGCAGCAGUGGUCUGGUUCAGGCUCUGCUCACUGUGCUGAACAAUCAUACCUUUGCAAGCAGUCUGGCUGACAAGUGGAGAAGGAGCAGAAGCACGGCACUGUCAGGGCAUAGUGAAGACUUUGAUCUGAAGCAGGACUGUGGGCAACUUGUGGAGCGAUUGAAUGUCUUUAAAACUGCAUUCAGUGAGAAUGAAGAUGAAGAGAGUCGCCCUGCCAUUGCAUUGGUGCGAAAACUGAUUGCAGUGCUUGAGUCUAUAGAACGGCUACCGCUUCACCUGUAUGAUACACCAGGAUCCAAUUACAAUCUGCAGAUUUUGACUCGAAGGCUUCGGUUCAGACUGGAGCGUGCACCUGGGGAGACUUCUCUAAUUGACCGUACCGGUCGAAUGUUAAAGAUGGAACCACUGGCAACUGUGGAGUCUCUAGAGCAGUACUUGCUGAAGAUGGUGGCUAAACAGUGGUACGACUUUGACCGCUCAUGCUUUGUGUUUGUGCGCAAGCUACGUGAAGGGCAGAGUUGUGUGUUCCGGCACCAGCAUGACUUUGAUGACAAUGGAAUCAUGUACUGGAUCGGGACCAAUGCUAAAACGGCUUACGAGUGGGUGAACCCAGCUGCUUAUGGCUUGGUGGUAGUCACAUCAUCAGAAGGCCGCAACCUGCCAUAUGGCCGGCUUGAAGAUAUCUUGAGCCGCGACAGCUCUGCCCUUAACUGCCACACCAAUGAUGAUAAGAGUGCUUGGUUUGCUGUUGACCUUGGUCUCUGGAUUGUCCCGUCAGCCUACACACUGCGCCAUGCCCGUGGCUAUGGCCGCUCUGCACUUCGGAACUGGGUCUUUCAGGUCUCCAAGGAUGGCCAGAACUGGACUACGUUAUAUACCCAUGUAGAUGACUGCAGUCUGAAUGAGCCUGGCUCUACUGCUACAUGGCCGCUGGAUACAGCAAGAGAUGAAAAGCAGGGUUGGCGGCAUGUCAGAAUCAAGCAAACGGGAAAGAACGCCAGUGGGCAGACCCAUUACCUCUCAUUGUCUGGCUUUGAGUUGUAUGGUUCUGUGACUGGAGUAUGUGAAGACCAGCUAGAAACGCCGGCACAGGCAGACUGGAGGAGUCUUGGAGGUUACAAGGCACAGGCAGGCCCGUCAACACCUCCCACAUCCUUUGGACGCCACUCAAAAGGCUGGCCUAUCCUGGCAGGUAAAGCGGCCAAAGAAGCUGAAGCUAAUCUGAGGCGACAGAGGCGUCUGGUGCGUUCCCAAGUCCUGAAAUAUAUGGUGCCUGGGGCUCGAGUCAUCCGGGGCAUUGAUUGGAAAUGGCGAGACCAAGAUGGCAGCUCCCAGGGGGAAGGCACAGUCACAGGAGAGCUGCACAAUGGCUGGAUUGAUGUCAUUUGGGAUGCCGGUGGCUCUAAUUCUUACCGCAUGGGCGCGGAAGGAAAAUUUGACUUGAAGCUGGCCCCAGGUUAUGACCCAGAUUCUGCCGCGUCAUCCAAACCUGUUUCAUCCACUGUUGCAGGCACACCACCUUCUUGGAGCAGUCUCGUGAAAAACAACUGUCCUGACAAAGCUCCUCCCCAUUCCUCCUCCACCUGCACCGUUGCUGGGGGUGUGACCGGCUCCUGUAGUCGCAAGGGGAGUAGUAGCUCCGUCUGCAGUGUGGCAAGUAGCAGUGAUGCGAGUCUGACCUGUGCCAAGACAGAGAGGAGGGCAGAGGAAUCAGGUUCUGACCUACACAAUGAUCCCAUCCUUGUGCUGUCUUCUAAUCCAAUAGCCCCUGGAUCUUCCACAUGCCCCCUAGGGGGAGAAGUGGUGAUUGAAGGAGGAGAGCGAAAGGCGGGGGAUGCCCCAGCCAUCUCAAUGGGUAUGGUGAGCAUCAGCUCACCUGAUGUCAGUUCCGUCUCAGAGCUCAGCAACAAGGAGGCUGCUGUUCCCCGACCACUGGGAUCGUCCGCCAGCAACAGGCUUUCAGUCAGUUCGCUCCUGGCUGCAGGGGCUCCAAUGAGUUCCAGCGCUAGUGUUCCCAACUUGUCAUCUCGUGAGACCUCCAGCUUGGAAUCCUUUGUCAGGAGAGUUGCGAACAUUGCCAGGACGAAUGCAACAAACAACAUGAACCUUAGUCGAAGCAGCAGUGAUAACAACACCAAUACUCUGGGAAGAAAUGCCGUCAGCUCUGCCACCUCUCCACUUAUGGGAGCACAGAGUUUUCCUAAUUUGACCACAACAGGAACUACAUCCACUGUUACCAUGUCCACUUCUAGCGUCACCAGCAGCAAUGUGGCAACGGCUACUACAGGACUUUCAGUUGGUCAGUCUCUUAGCAAUACCUUAACCACCAGCCUAACUUCCACCUCCAGCGAGAGCGAUACUGGCCAGGAGGCAGAGUAUUCCCUAUAUGAUUUCCUGGACAGCUGUCGGGCAAGCACUCUCCUUGCUGAGCUCGAUGAUGAUGAAGAUCUUCCAGAGCCAGAUGAAGAAGAUGAUGAAAAUGAGGAUGACAACCAAGAGGAACAGGAGUAUGAGGAAGUGAUGGAGGAAGAGGAGUACGAGACAAAAGGCGGUAGACGCAGGACUUGGGAUGAUGAUUAUGUAUUGAAAAGACAGUUCUCUGCUCUUGUCCCAGCCUUUGAUCCUCGUCCUGGGAGAACCAAUGUCCAGCAGACCACAGAUUUGGAUAUACCAGCUCCAGGUACCCCUCACUCAGAGCUGCUGGAAGAAGUUGAAUGUGCACCUGCUCCUAGGCUCUCUCUUACUUUGAAAGUAACCGGUCUGGGAAAUGGGCGUGAAGUCGAGCUUCCACUAAGUAACUUCCGCUCCACCAUCUUCUACUAUGUUCAGAAGCUGCUGCAGACUUCCUGCAAUGGAUCCGUCAAAUCGGACAAAUUACGGAGGAUAUGGGAACCCACAUACACAAUUAUGUACAGGGAGAUGAAGGACUCUGAUAAACAGAAGGAGUCGGGCAGAUUGGGCUGCUGGUCCGUGGAACAUGUGGAGCAGUCACUGGGUACAGAUGCUUUGCCAAAGAAUGAUCUGAUCACGUAUCUGCAGAGGAACGCAGAUCCUAGCUUCUUGCGGCGCUGGAAACUGACUGGAACUAACAAGAGCAUCCGAAAGAACCGCAACUGCUCCCAGCUUAUCGCCGCUUACAAAGACUUCUGUGAGAAUGGCUGCAAAUCUGGGGUGUUGCCAGCAGCUAUCGUCACGCUACAGAGUGCAGAUAUUUUAAGUCAUGCUCGGGAGCAGGCACAAGCUAAGGCAGGCAGCGGUCAGAAUUCGUGUGGGGUGGAGGAUGUUCUGCAGCUGCUUCGCAUUCUUUAUAUUGUCGCCAGCGAUCCAUACUCUGCUAGGACGCCACAGGAAGAAGACGAGGAGAUGCUCCUGUUCACUGUUUCUCCAGAGGAGUUUACCAGCAAGAAAAUCACAACCAAAAUACUGCAGCAAAUUGAGGAGCCAUUGGCUCUGGCCAGUGGAGCUUUGCCAGAUUGGUGUGAACAGCUAACAAGCAAGUGUCCCUUCCUAAUUCCCUUUGAGACGAGGCAGCUUUAUUUUACGUGUACAGCAUUUGGAGCAUCCAGAGCUAUUGUGUGGCUACAGAACAGACGGGAGGCCACUGUAGAGCGGAGUAGGACUGCCAGUGCAGUUCGCAGGGAUGACCCUGGGGAAUUCAGAGUGGGGCGUUUAAAACAUGAGCGAGUGAAGGUCCCGCGAGGAGAGUCGCUGAUGGAGUGGGCAGAGAACGUCAUGCAAAUCCAUGCAGACCGCAAGUCUGUUCUAGAGGUGGAAUUUCUUGGAGAGGAAGGGACUGGGCUGGGCCCCACCCUUGAAUUUUAUGCCCUGGUGGCAGCAGAAUUUCAGAAGACGGACUUGGGAAUCUGGCUGUGUGAUGAUGACUUCCCAGAUGAUGAGUCUCGACAGGUUGACUUGGGAGGUGGCCUAAAGCCUCCUGGGUAUUACGUGCAGCGGUCAUGUGGAUUGUUCAUAGCUCCCUACCCCCAGGACAGUGAGGAGCUGGACAGAGUGACCAGGUUGUGCCAUUUUCUGGGUGUAUUCUUGGCAAAAUGCAUACAGGACAAUCGCCUAGUAGACUUGCCCAUUUCUAAACCCUUCUUCAGGCUCAUGUGUAUGGGAGAUAUUAAAAGUAACAUGAGUAAACUGUUGUAUGCCUCUCCUGGAGAAGAAAGUGAGCACUGUACUGAGAGCCAAUCAGAAGCCUCCACCGAGGAUGGACAUGAUGCCCUCUCUGUGGGUAGUUUUGAAGAAGAUUCCAAAUCAGAGUUUAUCUUGGACCCACCAAAGCCAAAGCCACCAGCCUGGUUCCAGGGUAUCUUAACGUGGGAGGACUUUGAACUUGUAAACCCACACCGUGCUCGGUUUCUCAGAGAUAUCCGGGAGCUUGCACUGAAAAGGAGACACAUCCUGGGCAAUCGCAGCUUGUCUGAGGAUGAGAAAAACACGCAACUCCAAGACCUGAUGUUAAAGAAUCCUUCGGGGUCAGGUCCUUCUGUCAGCAUUGAGGAUUUAGGGCUCAAUUUCCAGUUCUGUCCUUCUUCUCGUGUUUACGGCUUCAGUGCAAUAGACCUAAAACCUAAUGGUGAGGAUGAGAUGGUGACUAUAGACAACGCCGAGGAGUAUGUAGAUCUGAUGUUUGAUUUUUGCAUGCAGACCGGUGUGCAAAAACAAAUGGAAGCAUUUAGAAGUGGCUUCAAUAAAGUAUUCCCUAUGGAGAAACUGGGUUCAUUUAGCCCUGAGGAGGUCCAGAUGAUAUUGUGCGGAAAUCAGUCUCCUUCGUGGUCUGCUGAAGACAUUCUCAAUUAUACUGAGCCCAAGCUGGGGUACACACGAGAGAGUCCUGGCUUCCUUCGCUUUGUGAGGGUCCUCUGUGGCAUGUCAUCAGACGAGAGGAAGGCAUUUCUGCAAUUUACAACGGGGUGCUCUACAUUGCCCCCUGGAGGUCUAGCCAAUCUCCAUCCACGCCUCACAGUUGUGAGAAAGGUUGAUGCUACGGAUGCUAGCUAUCCCUCUGUAAAUACUUGUGUGCAUUAUCUUAAAUUACCGGAAUACUCUUCGGAGGAGAUCAUGAGAGACCGAUUGCUCGCUGCUACCAUGGAGAAGGGAUUCCAUCUGAACUGAGUGCCAACCUUGGCUGGCAGGACACAGCAUCAUGUUACUAGCAGCACUCCCCCUUUCUCUCUCGUGUUCGUGUGCUGAGAAAAGACAUGGCCUUUCUUCCUCUCGCUGUGUGUUCCUUACACCCCUCUGCGAGGCUUUAGAGGAAAGAGUGGGUGUAACGCCUUUUUUUCAUUUUGUUUUACUGUUCGCUGCUAAUGAUAAAAUGGUCUCUGGCAUGAAUGACUGAAGACACAAAGAACACUUAAUCUGCCAUUUUCAUUCUGGCAGCAAAUGAGUUAGAGGGCAGAGAGACACCUCUAAUGAAUGCCUCUCAAGGUCACCGCUUAUCAGACAUUUGUAGAAGUGUAGCGUCUGUUGUAUGAACAUAAUACACUACAUCAGCAUUCCCCAGUCUCCGGUGUUCUGCAUCCAACUCUAAUUUUGCUAGCUUUAAUCUAACCCAUCAGAAAGCUGCUUACAUCAAACGUAGAACGUUCAUGGAAACCUGAAGCUUUUUUUUUUUUUCUCCCCCAUUACCUUUGAUUUUUAAUGGUGCCUGCACUAUUUAAAAGCCCUUAGUGUUUACUUUGUAUUUUCUUUCUCCCUAUUUUAUAAUCCAUGCACCUUCGUAAUUAUAUUGUCAUCCUUAAUCUGGAAGGAUAACUUUUUUUUUUUUUUUUUUCCCCCUUUUAAAUGCCCCUGCUAUGCAGUUCGAACUUAAGUGUUUGUGCAACAUGCAAUUAAUGCUAUUAUGAAUGCAAUCCAUACAAAAAUUUAGACUGGCACAAGGCCAUGUACCCCUUCACUGUUCAGGGUAAUGUACAACUCCUGUGUAGGAGGCUGUUCCUCGCACUUAAGGGGUUUAAAAAACAAAACAAAUGUUUUGCUCUCGUAUUUUCUUUGUAUAUUAUAAACAUUUAUUUAACUUGUUGCAGUUUGAAGAAAAAAAUAAAAAAGUUAAUAAAGACAUUAAAACAGAAAAACA